AUGGACUAUAUAAUAUAUCUUAAGUGCAUUCAUUGAUUCGCAUCUUUCUCUGUGUCGCUGUGUUUCUUUUUAAUAGCUCACAGCUAUCUAUACCUACGAGGUUACCAUAGUAAUAAGAUUUAUCAUGGGAGAGUCUAAUCCCCCGACUCUCGACAACCUCACCCUAUCUCCCCUUUCCCCACCUCACCCUCAAAACAUGAAACCAUUACGUUUUCUUGUCAUCGGCGCUGGUUCACGGGGCAAUGCUUACGCUCAAGCUGUCACUAAUGUCACCUCUGGCGUGAUCCACGCCAUCGCUGAGCCCCAUCCCUUCAAAAGACAGGAAUUUGGCCGGAACUAUAUCUGGGGUGAUAACGGCACCCCACAGGACGGCCAGGAGUUUAAGGACUGGAGAGAUUGGCUACGAUGGGAAGUCCAACGGCGCGAACAAGGCAGUCCUUCUGCGACUGUUGAGACGAAUCAUGCAGCCGUUGGCAUCGACGGCGUGUUCAUCUGCACACUGGACGAAACCCAUGUUGAGAUCUUACAAUCCAUCGCCUCAUUGCAACUCCACAUUCUCUGCGAGAAGCCGCUCGCUCUUUCACUCUCCGACUGUCUAACGGUCUACCGCGCCAUACUACCAGAGGAAAACGGAGGCACAUCGCCACACUCCUCCCCGCCCGCCAUCUUCUCCAUCGGCCACGUCCUCCGCUACAGUCCGCACAACAUCCUCCUCCGCAAACUCCUCCUCGAGGACCGCGUCAUCGGCGACAUAGUCUCACUGGAACACUGCGAACCAGUCGGGUGGUGGCAUUUCGCGCACAGCUACGUCCGAGGAAACUGGCGACGAGCAACCCCCGAAGGCGACGGCUCCCUGCUCACCAAAUCAUGCCACGACCUCGACUUCAUCCUCUGGCUCCUGUGCUCCCCCCUGCCCCUCCCCAUCGACACCAAACUCUCUCCAGAACAGCAGCAGGAGCUCCUCAAGCUCCAACAACCCCAUCUCCCACGCACAAUCUCCUCAUCAGGCUCCCUAACCCAAUUCCGCAAAUCGCGAAAACCCCAUGCCGCAGGCUCGGCAACAAACUGUCUAUCGUGUCCCGCGGAGCGCGACUGUAAUUACAGCGCGCUCAAAAUCUACCGCGACAUGCACGUCGCAAAAGCCCACUACGACUGGCCCGUGAACAUUGUCUGUCCCGACAUCGAAGAUGUCGUCCGAACCGCCGACCAGACUAAAGCCGCAGAGCAGCAUCUCCUCCGCCACCUGGAAGAAGAUUAUACCCCUGACACAGAAGACAGGGAUAUUGCGCGCAGACCCUGGUAUGGUCGGUGUGUCUACGAAUCCGAUAAUAACGUCUGUGACGAUCAAGUUGUGACCCUCACCUGGGAUGAUGAGGUGGUUCCUGAGUCUAGCCUGGACGCCACAACUACUAGCGGUUAUUACUAUCCCCGAACGUCUAAAACGGCGAUUUUUCAUAUGAUCGCGCCGACAGAGAAGCAGUGUGAACGUCGUGGUCGGGUUUACGGUACGCAAGGCGAGAUUACCUAUGAUUCGAGGAAUAUAGUUAUCUAUAGCUUCUCGACACGGUCGACUAGGUCUAUUGAGGUGCCUCGUCCGCCGCCGGAGGAGGAGAAGUCGCAUGGUGGUGGUGACUAUGGUCUUGCGAGGAGUUUUGUCCGUGCGGUGGAUGCCGUCGUAAAUCUGGGUUGGGAGGUUGAGUGGGCGCAGAGGUGCUUCGUGGGGUGUACGUUGGAGGAAGCGGUGCGGAGUCAUGCGGUUGUUUUCGCGGCGGAAGAGGCGAGGAGGGAGGAGAAGGUUGUUCAGUGGAAAGAUUGGUGGGAGGAGAAACUUCAGGAUUCCACUGGGACGAGAUCGGCCUGUGAUUGAUUCGUCCGUUCUUGCGAGAGUUACGCUCCGGAUGGGUAAUGAUAUGAUAUGACGCUAUGGCACAGUUGAUGAACCAGUCUUGAACGGUAAUGAGUUAUGAUUGAUUAUACUGCUAUGCG